AUGGUCAACUGCUGCCCGGCCUGUGACCUCCUCUGCCGGCAAGGAACACACGCCCUAUCUAGUGCUGGGGUGGAGGGUGCCUAUUUCACGGAUCUGAUGUCCAGGGUCGACUUCGCUAACCCCUAUAAGUCCAAGUUUCUGAAUGGACAUCAUUCUAUCCUUUUCAGUGAGGACGAGGGAAACAUGGAACAUGACGUAUUGGAGCGCAUAUUUGACGGAAGCAUCGAACCAAGAGAUGUAAAGUUAUCAGCUCUAGAGAGCAUCACCCAAAAUUUCUCCCAAGAGCGAAUUAUUGGAGAGGGCGGAUUUGGAACCGUUUACAAGGUAAACUUCACUUUUCACAGAAAAUCUGAACAUAAAGCAAUGAAAUGUGAAGGAUCAAAAGAAUACAUCUACGCCGAGGAUAGAGAAAGAAUACUCUGUUUUGAGUACAUCAACAGCGGAAGUCUAGACAAAUAUAUUGCAGAUGAAUUAAGAGGGCUUCCAUGGGACACUCGUUAUUUCAUAAUAAAAGGAAUAUGCGAGGGGCUGCAGUAUCUUCAUAUGAAAAAGCAUAUUAUUCAUAUGGAUCUGAAACCGGCAAACAUACUAAUAGAUUAUAAUAUGGUAGCAAAAAUAACAGAUUUCGGUUUAUCAAGGAUGAUGGAAAACUCACAGACUAAAAGUACAACCCGCUUUUUAUCACUCGGAUACACCGCUCCAGAAUACCUAGACAAUGGCAAAAUGUCAGUCAAGUCUGAUGUGUAUAGCCUCGGUGUCAUAAUAGUCGAACUGGUGACCGGGUAUAGGAGUGUUCCCGAAAUUAACAAUGUACUUAGAAGAUGGAGGCAUAGAUGUUAUAAAUCAGGGAAAGAAACACCAUUUAGAUACCAACAGAUAACCAAACUCAUCAAGAUUGGGCUACUCUGUCAGGCAAAGGACCCCUAUAAGAGGCCUUUUAUAUCGGACAUAGUACGUGAGAUCAAUGAACUGGAAAGCAUGGAUAGGCAAAUCAGCACGGCGAAGGAAUCUACAGUUAGCCAUAGAAGCCCCUACUUGGAUGAUGACAUGCUUGGGAUUGAGCCUCUCGAGCUACGCUUUCCUUUCGAGCUCAACAAUCACAUAUCAUGCUUACUUGAGCUAACCAACGAGACAAAUGAUUUUAUUGCUUUCGCCAUCCAAACGAUGAGCCCCCUGCCAUAUUGUAUACAACCAAUGAAAGACACUGUGGCUCCAAGGUCGAAGUAUAGUGUCAACAUAACAUUGCAACCACUAGAAAAGGCACCACAAGAUUGGCAGUACAUUGGCAAUUUCAUUGUCCGGAGCACCAAAGUAAAUGACAGCCUUAUGAGUGAGAAUAUUACUGAAGAUAUAUUCCAUAAAGAGGAAGGUAAAUUGGUAGAUGAAGUGAUUCUGACGGUUACAUAUAAGGCUGAGGUACCCAAAGUGGAUGUUUCACUUGGGUCCCUAAUAAUUUCAGACACAAUAAGUCUACAUAGUCCACAGGAAUCCAGUGUGCCGCCAACAGAGGCAGAAUCUGAGAUAAGUGCAUCUACCUCAGAUGAAGUAAUCCGGUUUGAUCCCCCCAAACUAUGCUUUCCCAUGGUGCCAGAUAAAACUGUUUUGUCCUCAAUUAAAAUAAUCAACACUACAGAAUCCUAUGUUAGUUUCGCCAUAUGUGGUCUCGCAGGAAAAGAACCCGCCAGACUUUACCACUUCAACAAAACCAAAUCAGUCCUGCCACCACGGUCCACAGAAUGCUUAACAGUAAGAAGUUAUAAAAGAGAAGGUGCAGUAAAAAAGAUACAGUUCAAUGAGGAAUUCGAUGUCGGUUACGCCACUGUGGCUGAAGAUAUCAAAGCCUGCGACCUUGAUACUAAUGAUUACACUCAGUGGAAGAAGUUGCACAUCGUUGAAAAGAAGAUAAACUCUUGUACCUCAAACGAGCUGAUCCAGUUUGAACCACCUGAGUUAAGCUUCCCUUGCCUGAACAAGACUUCACUCUCGUGGGUUAAUAUAGUGAACCAUACAGAUUGCCACAUUGGCUUCAAUACAUGGUGGUAUAAAGACAAUGUUGCGUCCUACGCCAUAGAACAACGUAGAGGAAUUCUGCCACCACGGUCCACUCGCAGAAUGGUUGUACAAAGGGUACCCAAGGAAAAGGGAGAAAUAGAAGAAUCAGAAUCAUCAUCGAAAGAAGACAAGUUUUUUGCGUGGAACAUGAUUGUGUCAGAAGGUGUUGAAGCUAGCAGCCUCCUCGGUUACAACAGUGACGAAGAAAGUACGGAGUUGCCCUCAAUUUGUAAGAAGGACGGGCCAUUGCCGACCAUCUUCUUUGUAUGUUGGGGUCGCUUUUUCUGCCCCGUAAAGGCCGCUCAUGCAUGCAAGGGCUGGCCAUAG